UUCUCCACUUUCGUCUCGUUACUCAUAUUAGAUAUAAUCCCCCUCACCUCUUUCUCCUCCGUGUGACUCUCUCUCUCUCUCUCUCUCUCUCUCUCUUUCUCUGCUCUGAGACUUAUCUGUUAAGAGAAGAAAUGAGUUUCACAAAGAGCAACGGAAGCAUCGGCGACCCAGGAAGCAUCAAUUACAGCUCGAACAAUGGCUACGCCCUGAGCGGGAAGAUAAUGUUGAGCGCAAUCAUAAUACUGUUCACAGUAGUAAUCCUUUUCAUCUGUCUCCACAUCUACGCACGAUGGUACCUCCUCCGAGCCCGUAGGCGCCUUCGCGCACGGCGCAACAGACGCCGCACUACCCACAUCGUAUUUUCCUACGAGUCUUCCGCCGGCCCUGCCAACACCGCCUUCGUACCCUCUCAAGGCCUUGAAGAAUCUGUCCUCAAAUCCCUCCCAACAUUUGUCUAUUCCUCUGCCACCCACAAUGGUGGAGUGCUGGAAUGCGCCGUUUGCUUGUCGGAAUUCGAAGAAGAUGAAAAGGGUCGUCUCCUCCCUAAAUGUAAUCACAGUUUUCACAUCGAUUGUAUCGACAUGUGGUUCCAAUCCCACUCCACCUGCCCACUCUGCAGAACCCUUGUUUGUUCUGAGAUUCCGGCGCGGGCUGAAACUCCGGUUGAGGUUUCUGUUAGAGUGGAUGAGCCAGAAUCCGGGCCGAGUUAUGGUUUCUGUCCGUCAUGCAGUCAUGAUAGAGAUGAUAUAAGUAGCUCUUCCUCCACUUCAUCCUCUUCUUCCUCUCAGCCGUCGUCGUCUUCUCCUUCUCCAGCGGAUUCUUCGUCGUUGAAAACUCGGAGGAAGACAUUAGAGGCGGUUACUAUCUCGAUUGAGGUACCAAGAAGGAGCGAGAGUUUGAGAGGGUUGGUGGAGGAGGAAGAGCUCUAUUUGGGUUCGGCUGGAGGUCAGGGGUUGAAAUCGCCCGGAGGGCAACAGAGUUUGAAGUCACCUGGAGGCCGAAUUCUAUCGUUGAAGAGGAUAUUGAGCAGAGAAAGGAAGGGUACUCUCUCUCCUAAUUCUCCGGCGACGGGUAUGAGUUACAGCGCUGGUACAGAGAUCGAUCUUGAGAGUGGAGAAGAGCAACACGUUCAAGCUCAACCCAAGAGGUAAUUGAGAAUUUGAUGAUAAACUGAGAAACGACCACCAGGAGGAACU